AUGAGGAUCAACCUGAGUCGCCCGAGAAAGCGGAAGCGGAAGUGCUCGUCCCUGGCCGACAGCUGGGCGCCGCUCCCGCUCUCCCGCGCAGCCCUGGCCUCUCCGCCCUCCCUGGGCUGCUCCAGAGCCGCGCGACUUCCAGUAGCCGCGCUGUGCCGGGGCCUCCCGCCGCCGCCCCCGCUUUCCUGCCGCCUCUGCCUCGUCCAAGAACCCCGCAACACCCCGCCCGCGCCAUCCUGGACUGCACUUUUUCUGCACGGCUGUGGGCUGUACUUCGUCUCUUGGUGCAUUAACAGUUGUUCCUUACCUGUCACUAAACGUACAAGAACUCACAAUGGAGAGAGGCCUUAUGAAUGUAAGGAAUGUCAGAAAACCUUUAGUUAUCUCUCAAGCCUCACUAGACAUAUAAAAACUCAUAGCGGAGAAAGGUUUUUUGAAUGUAAGAAAUGUGGGAAAGCCUUUACUCGUUCUUCAUCCCUUACUACACAUAUGCGAACUCAUAGUAGAGAGAAGUCUUAUGAAUGUAAGGAAUGUGGAAAAACCCUUAGUUGUUCCUCAUCCCUCACUACCCAUAUGCGAACUCACAGUGGAGAAAGGCCUUAUGAGUGUAAGGAAUGUGGGAAAGCCUUUAGCUGUUCCUCAUCUCUCACUACACAUACAAGAUCACACAGUGGGGAGAGACCUUAUGAAUGUAAAGAAUGUGGGAAAGCCUUUAGUCGGUCCUCACACCUCACUACCCAUAUAAGAACACACAGUGAAGAGAGGCCUUAUGAAUGUAAGGAAUGUGGGAAAGCCUUUAAGCAGUUUGCACAACUCACUACUCAUAUAAAAACGCAUAGUGAAGAGAGACCUUAUGAAUGUAAGGAAUGUGGAAAAGCCUUUAAGCAGUUUGCACAACUCACUAGACAUGUAAGAGUUCACAGUGGAGAGAAGCCUUAUGAAUGUAAGGAAUGUGGGAAAUCCUUUAGUCAGUUUUCAUACCUUACUGGCCAUAUGAGAGCUCACACUGGAUACAGGCCUUAUGAAUGUAAAGAAUGUGGGAAAGCCUUUACUCGGUCCUCACACCUCACUGCUCAUAGAAGAACACACAGUGGAGAGAGGCCUUAUCAAUGUAAGGAAUGUGGGAAAGCCUUUUAUCGGUCCUCACACCUCACUGAUCAUGUAAGAUCUCACAGUGGAGAGAAGCCUUAUGAAUGUAAGGAAUGUGAGAAAGCCUUUAGUUGUUUCUCAUCCUUCCGUAAACACAUUAGAACUUACCAUAGAGAUAGGCCUCAUGAUAGUAAGGAAUGUGGAAAAGUGUUUAGUCAGUUUUCACACAUCACUGACCAUAUAAUAGCUCACAGUGGAGAGAACCUGCCUUAUAGUGAAUUGCUAUCAUAUGGCCAUUCUGGCCAUGAUCUUGUUCCUCCCACAAAAUGA